AUGGUGGUCGUCCAGCGCUACCUGGAGCUGCUGUCGCGGUGCCGCGGCGGCGCCGACGCGCGGCCGAUCGCGCGGAUCCAGGCGGCCCUGGUCACGUCGGGCCUGCUCCGGCGCAGCGCGGAGCUCCACGACGCGCUCAUCCGGGCGCUCGCCAGCUCCGGGACGCCGCACGCCGCGCUGCCGCUCUACGCCCACCUCAUCCGCGCGGGCCUCCUGCCCACCCCGCACACCCUCCCCUCCCUCUUCAAGUCGCUCGCCCUCUCCCCCGCCGUCCCCGGCGCGCGCCGCCUCGCGCUCGCCGUCCACGCCCAAGCCGUCAGGCUCGGCCUCACCGGGUUCCUCCUCGUGAACAACGCGCUCAUCCGCGUCCACGCGGGCCUGCUCGGCCGCCUCUCCGACGCGCACCUGCUGCUGCGCGCCGCGGCCGCCGUCGACGCCUCCACGUUCAACACGCUCAUCACGGCGCACGCGAGGGCUGGCCGUGUCGCCGACGCCCGCUCGCUGUUCGACGAAAUGCCCGAGAGGAAUGCCGUGUCCUGGAGCGCCAUGGUGAAUGGGUACGUGCAGGCUGGGGACGGGAGGGAGGCGCUGGGGGUGUUCUCCCAGAUGCAGGCCCAAGGUGUCCGCCCGGACGACACGGUUCUCGUCGGGGUGCUUGCUGCGUGCGCGCAGCUGGGGGCUCUGGAGCAGGGGAAGUGGGUGCAUGGUUACCUCAGAGCAAACAAUAUCAGGAUGACCGUGUUCCUGGGCACUGCGUUGGUUGAUAUGUAUGCCAAAUGUGGUGAGAUGCAGCUUGGAAUGGAGGUGUUUGAGGGAAUGAAGGACAAGAAUGUGCUGGCCUGGACUACCAUGAUAAAGGGCCUGGCUAUGCACGGCCGAGGCUCAGACUCAUUGAUGCUCUUCUCCCAGAUGGAGAGCUCAGGUGUUAAGCCGGAUGACAUUGCCUUCAUUGGUGCUCUCUGUGCUUGCACACACACUGGGUUGGUUGACAAGGGUCGGCAGCUUUUCAAUUCCAUGGUGAACAACUAUGGUAUUAAACCAAAGAUUGAGCAUUAUGGAUGCAUGGUAGACCUCCUGGCACGGAAUGGCCUGCUGAGUGAGGCCAGAGACAUGGUUGAGAAAAUGCCCAUGAAACCGGAUGCCUUAAUCUGGGGAGCUCUAAUGGCUGGUUGUAGGUUUCACAAGAAUGUGGAGUUGGCUGAGUAUGUUAUAAAGCACUGGAUUGAACUGGAGCCAGACAAAAGUGGUGCUUAUGUACUUUUAGGUAACAUAUAUUCUGCUUCUGGUAGGCAUGCGUCUGCGAGGGAAAUUAGGCACCUAAUGCGUGAGAAGGGAGUUGAGAAGACACCUGGAUGUAGCAAUUUGGAGAUUAACGGAGUUAUCCACCAAUUCAUUGUUGGAGAUCUGUCUCAUCCUCGCAUAAAAGAUAUUUUGACAAAGUGGUAUGAGAUAGAUAGUAGGAUAAGGCUGGAGGAAGGUUACGUGCCUGAUAAGAAAGAGGUUUUGCUUGACAUUGAAGAAGAAGAGAUGGAAGGUGCACUCAGCCGCCACAGUGAGAAGCUGGCAAUCGCAUUUGCUUUGAUAAGUACAAAUGAUAAUAUACCCAUUCGGAUUGUCAAGAACCUCAGAGUCUGCCAAGAUUGCCAUCAUGUCACCAAACUUAUAUCCAAAGUAUAUGGGAGAGAAAUUGUUGUUAGAGAUCGAACACGUUUCCAUUUGUUCAAAGAUGGUACCUGUUCGUGCAAGGACUAUUGGUAG